AUGGAUGAUCCGAUCAUGUGGGGAUUUCUACCGAUGCGAUAUAACUUCGGACUUGCGAGUUGGAAUAAGCGAUGGGGGUUUGGAAGCCACGACAUCUGUUAUCAGACUAGGCCGUUAGCCCUUUUCUUCACAAUGGGCCAAGUCCUGCCGACACAUCGAUCGGCCCAUUCGCAAUAUGGUGGCCUCGCCCAGCCCGUCGUCACCCAGGCGAUCCGACUCCUGUCGAAGGGGCCAUUCCCCGCUGACCCUCAUCUCGCUAUCCCCGAACGUCAAUCGUGGAGUCUACAGAAUGUAUGCGUCGAUCCGUUUUCCGAUCUCCCCACAGCCUACACCACCGAUGGGCAUGACUCUCAUCUGUCGCCGUCCUCAUACGCCUGCAAUUCGUAUUCUUGGUUCCAUAUAUUCCCGGAGGGAAAGAUCCACCAAGCACCGAACAAGACUAUGCGCUACUUCAAAUGGGGUGUGGCACGACUGAUCCUCGAGGCUAGCGAAUGCCCGGAUGUUGUGCCGAUCUGGCUUGAGGGCUUCGACCAGGUUAUGCACGAAAGCCGCGAAUUCCCACGGUUUCUGCCUCGAGUCGGAAAGGAGGUCAGCGUUACGUUCGGACAGAAAGUGGAUAGGGAGGCGGUUUUUGGGGAAUACAGAAGACGUUGGCAGAAGAUCAAGGCCAAGGCGGAACGCGUAGCCCCCGAGACUCGCGAUCUGCCGUUUGGAGUGCUAAACGACCAGCUCUUAUAUGACCCUGAAGCAGUUGAGCUGCGAAAGGAGGUCACUAAGAAGGUCCGGGAUCUCGUCCUUGAUGUCCGACGGACGAGAGGAUUGUCGGACGAAGACCCGAAGGAAGGCCUAGUGGAGACAUGGAUGCAAGAGGGCCCUAAGCGUGAGGGUAAGAUGGACGAUGAUUCAUGGCACAAGAAGACCGCCUUUGCGAAACCAGCCAGCACUGCUCACCAUACCCUCGCUUCCUCCGGCCCGCGACACCACGACCACCAUGAUCGUCUUCGUUCAUCCCACGCUUCGUCCUCUUCCGCGGAGCAACCCUCCGUCAACGACCUGAUUCACCACCUCCGCCGCACGCAGGUCUCCAAUGGACCUGAAAGCCCCUUUAGAUUUGUCGCGCCUCGAUCUCUACCGGAAACACCGCCUCCCCGCCCCCGCCCGGGGGCGCGGCGUGUCGGGGUUGUUGGCUCGCUGCGCUUGCGACGGACUGCUGGACCACCACCACCAGAGAGCUGGCUCCUGGGCAGCCGAGAUGAUGCAGAGGAAGAAGAUGUUGACAUUGCAGCCGCGGAGAAAGAAAGGGUCAUCUACCGGUUAGAGCGUCUACCAGGCACGACCUUCCCUCCCAAGGGCAGUCUUGUCGAAACGGUGCUCAGAUCGAUGGCCACGUAUUGGGAAUGGCAUGUCGAGUAUGACGGACCGUUCCUGGGAGCUCUACCAAAUCACCUCAAAGUGCGCCUCCUCAGCUACAUCGCUGUAUAUGCCAAGGAUCGACCGCUGGGCGGGCUUAUGCGCGGUCUGCGACCUCUAUUCGAGAAAGCCCGCGCUACCGACGACCCCGAUAUACAUCAAGAAAGCGAGUCCGAAGUCACCCGUCUAGACCUAAGCAGCGCCAUCGGUCGAUGGCUAAGCUUGAAGCAGCUCUCCAGCGAGCUCCUCAUCACCGAGAAGCCAAAUACCGUGCAGCGCAAGCCCAAAGAAUCCGUCCCCUCCUCCUGGGAAGAGGAAUACGACGAAGUCGAAGAAGAGGGCAACACCAUCACCCCAACAGCAAGCAAUCCCACCGCUAUCCCCCAUACACCAUCCCCAACUCUCCGCUUCUCCAACCUCCGCUACCUCUCUCUCGCACACCCCAAACCCGGCACCGUCAACUGGAACUCCCUCAUAAGCCUCCUCUCCCGCCUCUCAACCAUCACGCAUCUCUCUCUCGCCCACUGGCCCAUACCCACCGUCACGCCCAACGCAAUCAACGCCCGAAUCCGCCACCCCAACCACCGCUCCCUAACAUUUUCCUACGGCGGCACCGACACCUACUCCGCCAGCGAAAACAACUGGGCCGAAGCAGCAGGUCUCCUCCGGCGCCUGUCCCGCGUAACCUACUGCCUGAAGUGGCUCGACCUUGAAGGCUGCGGCGACUGGAUCCCAGCCCUAAAAUGGCAAGACAGCGAAUCAUUUUCAUCCGCGUACGCCUCCUCCGGUCCCGAAUGGAACACCUCCUGGCGAGACAUCGAAUACAUUCGUCUCGGACCAGGCUGGCUGCCCCAUAUUGACGACGCUGAGCUCCUCCCUGAGAAUAGCAUCAGCCAGAGCGGCUCCUCUUCCUCGUCUUUGUCGUCGCCUACCCGAUCUUUGGCUUUCUCAGCGCAUGCGCCACCGCCGCAUCCCGCUCUUGCGAGCCGUGUAGGAGGCGGAGGUGGAGGAGAUGCUGAGUCAUCACUGUCGGAUCUUCCCUGGGAUGUGGAGGUCGAGCGGAUCAGAUAUCGGAGGGGAAAGGAGCUAGAGCGGAUCCGGGAGACGGUGCAGGCUGCGAAGGAGGUGCAGCAGUGGGUUUUGAGGUUGAGGAGGGAGGGGAAGGGCAAGUGGGUGCAGUUCUCUUUUGGGUUGGAGGGAAUUGAGGAGGAUGGGUUGAAGAAGUUGUUUGGGAAGGAGUGGGUGGGGGUUUUGCCUUGA